AUGGUCGAUAUUGGUCGAGAUAAAACUCAGAUAGCCGUCAUGCAAUAUUCAUCAUACACAAGAGUCGAAUUUGGUUUCAAUCUCAAUCAGGAUAAAGAGAAACUGAAUGCCGCUCUCGAAAAAAUCCACCAUAUUUCUGGUACCACGCGCACGGGUAAAGCGCUUGAUAAAGCACUGCAGUUGUUCAAGCAUGGUGAAAUCUCGGGUGCUAGAGUGAACCAAGAAGAUGUUGCUCAAAUCGCCGUGGUAGUAUCAGAUGGGCAUUCACAGGAUGAUCCUGUGCCACACGCACAACGCUUACGACAAGCCGGAGUGCAACUUCUUGCACUUGGUAUUGGUGGGCAUAUAAAUCUGCGUGAAUUAAUCGACAUAACCGGCGAUGAGACACUCACAUUCCAAAACCUAACAACACAAGCAUCGCUCGAUAAAUUUGUCAGCCAAUUCAAAAAAAUUGCUGUCGGUGAACAUUGCGAAUUCUCAAGAGGUCCUCAUGGUGCUGAGAUCAUCUGCAACAGUGAUUCUAUAAGCAUUGGUGUAUCAACAGUGAAUCCAUUCUAUGGUCAUCUCUAUGUGAUCGGUCAAUACCACCGUUCUGAAUGCGUUGCAACACCACGAAAUGCAUCCAAACAAAUUCAACUCACUAUUCCGUUGACUUCGUGUGAUGUUCAAAAACAAUUUACGCUGAGUCCGAAGGGUAUAAUGUUUGAAACGAAUGUGAUUCUGAAGUAUCAUCCACAUUACAACACCUACAAAGACCAAGUGUUCAACGUGCAGUGUUUUUAUCCCGAAAAAGCAACUAAGCUUCCAAAGAAAUUACUCAAUAAUCGAGUGGCCAUCAGUGAUAGGUUAGUUGAUCAUUGA